UUUUUCUUGUUCUUUAUGUCCUCAUUUCAGUUGCUGUCCUGUGAGCAGAAUACCCGGGAAACUGCUUUCGCAAUCAGGAAGUUGGCUUUAACCAAGGCUAAAAGGUACCUUGAAGAUGUUAUUGCUCACAAACAAGCCAUCCCCUUUCGAAGGUAUUGUGGUGGUGUUGGUCGUACAGCUCAAGCUAAGAACCGCCACUCAAAUGGCCAAGGGCGCUGGCCAGUGAAAUCUGCUCGAUUCAUUCUUGACUUGCUUAAGAAUGCUGAGAGCAAUGCAGAUGUGAAAGGUCUAGAUGUGGAUGCUCUCUUUGUCUCCCACAUUCAGGUUGAAAAGUAG